AUUCUCCUGUUGAAAAAGAGGGAAAGCUUAACGGAGAGACAACACGCACGUAGAUAGUCGCAGUGGAGGCGCGGCACUGAUUCUGGCCGCACCUUUCUUUUCGGACUCAAUAACCCCGCUAUAAAUUAUUUCUCCUUUUUAAAUCUCGAACAAUUUAUUUAAUCGCCAAUAUUUUUAGCUUUGUCAGCCGUUACAAUGACUUUGAAAGAACUCAACAAACUUUUCAACGGCGUCUCUCUCGUCUGCAGAGAGAUCGCCGCGCGGCAAGGCGGCGCCGAUUUCCAAACCCUAAUUAAAACCGCCGUGCUCUCCGCCACCGACAUAACCGGUCUCACUAAAGGCAAUCUUGUUCGGUUCUCUCCCUCUAAACCUCCUCCCUCUCAUUCUAAUUCGAAAGACAGCGUCGUCUAUUUCUCCGACGUCGCCGCCGCGCCGCCGGUAUUGCAGUCGGAGAGUGAGGUGUCAGCGACGCAAUCAAGUUCUUCAAGUAGUGAUGAUGAUGUUGCUGUUGGUUCUCAAUUAGGCGGAGAGGUUGAGUUUUCGAGUGUGAUUGGUGAUGUGGCAGUAGGAGAAGCUAAGACGGUUGAGGUUUCGAAUGCGGCUGGUGAUGUGGCAGUAGGAGAAGCUAAGCCGGUGGCGGUAGUUAAGAAGAGGAAGCUGAGGGAGAGGAAAGUUCCGUCUACUUCGUUUUCCAGAGCCUUAGGGUUUGCUGGUUUGGGUGCUGGACUAGCAUGGGGAACAGUUCAGGAAUCGACCAGAAGACUAGUUUAUGGUACGCCUAUCUCGAAAGAUCAGAAAUCUGCAGUUUCUCCAUUCUUGUCAGAUAAAAAUGCAGAACGUUUGGCUCUUGCAUUAUGCAGAAUGCGUGGAGCGGCACUCAAGCUGGGCCAGAUGUUGAGCAUCCAAGAUGAAUCUCUAGUACCUGCUCCGAUCCUGGCUGCUCUGGAUAUCGUUCGCCAGGGCGCAGACGUGAUGCCGAGGAGCCAGCUCAAUCAGGUGUUGGAAGCUGAGUUGGGUCCUCAAUGGUCGUCUAAGUUGACAAGCUUUGAUUAUGAACCAUUGGCUGCUGCAAGUAUAGGACAGGUGCAUCGUGCAGUCACAAAGGAUGGAUUGGACGUUGCCAUGAAAAUCCAGUACCCCGGUGUUGCGGAUAGCAUUGAUAGUGACAUUGAUAAUGUGAAAUUGAUUUUAGAUUACACGAAUCUGCUUCCAGAAAAAAUGUAUCUUGACAGAGCUAUUAUAGUAGCAAAAGAAGAACUAUCCCGUGAAUGUGACUAUAUAUUGGAGGCAAAUAACCAGAAAAGAUUUCGUAAGUUGUUAUCCGACACAGAAGGCUUUUAUGUUCCCAUGGUGAUAGAUGAUAUACUGAGCAAAAGAGUUUUAACUACAGAACUGGUUUCAGGAAUUACGAUUGAUAAGGUGGCAUUACUGGAUCAAGAGACUCGUAAUUAUGUUGGAAGAAAGUUGCUAUAUUUAACUCUGCAAGAGCUGUUUGUCUUUCGUUUUAUGCAGACAGAUCCUAAUUGGGGUAAUUUCUUAUAUGACGAGAAUUCGAGAAUAAUCAAUCUCAUCGAUUUUGGCGCAGCUCGGGAUUACCCAAAACGUUUUGUGGAUGAUUAUUUGAGAAUGGUUGUAGCUUGUGCAAAUAAUGACAGAGAAGCUGCGAUCGAGAUGUCCCAAAGGCUCGGGUUUCUCACAGGAAUGGAAUCGGACAUAAUGUUAGAAGCACACGUUCAAGCUGGGUUUAUUGUCGGAUUGCCAUUUUCAAAGCCUGGUGGAUAUGAUUUCCGUACUACUAAUAUUACACAAAGCAUUACAAACCUUGGGGCAACAAUGCUGAGGCAUAGGUUGACACCCCCUCCUGAUGAAGCUUACAGCCUCCACCGAAAACUUUCUGGUGCUUUCCUUGCCUGUAUCAAGCUUGGAGCUGUUGUACCAUGCAGGGAUGUGCUUCUUGAAGUGUAUGAAGGUUACAAGUUUGGUGAAGAUAACAUUGAAAUUUCUAAUGGUAGCUCAGCUGAGUGAUAUAUGUCAUCUCAUUUGGAUCAAUGUUCCAACUUCCACCCAUAUAUAUGGUUUUCCUUUUGGCGCCAAAUUCUUCAUUUAAAUUGCUCGAUAAUUAGCUUCAGGUUGCAGGUCUUUCUGUUAGCUGCCUUCAAGCCAGCAUCUAGUGAAAAUCUAGAUAUGGUGGAGUGAGUUGAGUUUUUUUUAGCUGCAGAGGGCAUUAUCGGGGCGGUUUAUAGUUAGUUAAGGCUAAUAAUAUCCCGAAGGUCGGAAAUUCGCUGCAGUGACCUACUGUCAUGUCACAUUUAUUUCUUUAUAAUAUUAGUUCAACCACAUGAAUUGACUGUCGAGGACAGGAGCAAGUGAUAUUUUUUUCCGGAUCCAAGGAAAUCUGAGGAGGUCCUGAUUCAAUAAAUGUUACUUUAUAGAGGAUAAAUAUGUCGUCAUUACUUCCAUUCAAUACUGAACUUGCUGGCUGUUAAAGAUUCAUUUAUAUAAUUAUAGUGAGUAGUGAUUUUCUUCAUUUGUAUUGUAACCUACAGGACAUCAAUAAUGAAUAGUUGGAUGUGUUAUGUUCA